AUGCUCGCCAUCACCAGACAAGAGAGACUAUCUCUACACACGCUUCCUUACGAUUUGCUCCUUAACAUUGCUCAACAUCUUGGUUGGAGCGAUAUUCACGCUGUGCAAGUGACCUGCAGGUCGUUGCACGACUUUGCUACGACUCGUCCAGUCUACCGCAAUCUUGCGGUUUCGUUACUUCGUAGAUGUCGAGCCCUACCACUGGAGGGCUUUCAACGCCUCUCAGAUCUGUCGACGGAGCAGCUCGUCAGCGCAGUAGCAAAAGCCAUCCGCCUAGAGAGUGCUUUCCUCACUCGCACGCCCCGGCCAUCGUAUGCGCUGCGCAACGGCGUGAGCGGGAAGUCCUGGUACAAAGUGAUCAGUGCCCCGCCAAACGAGGAGGUGGACUGGCUCUCCCCGAUCACCUCGAGCUACAGCCUCUGUGCUACGAAGAGCGGAAAAGUCGUCUGUUGGGAUGUUCACCGCGACGUAUGUCUAGCAGAGUGGGAUCCGCGCGAACGCUGGGAGCUAUGGAAGUGUCGGGUCGACUUCGACAACCAGACGGUGUUUUUUACGAUGGCGAAGGUUCUGCAUCGAUCAUCAACGAAUUAUGAUGAUCGUCUCAUGGAGUUUGUACUAAUGAAGCUGCAGUUCCCUGAGCCAGGCGGCGAGGUGACCGGAAGUACAUCUGCAGGAGCCAUACUGCCGACCUUCAGCUCCCUCGCCACAUUCAGAACGAUCGGCAUAGUGAUGAACGUAUUUCUGCUUGACCCUCCGUCUCGCCUGCUUUCAGCCUUCGUAUGGGUGGCAGCGUCGAAUACGAUAGGGCUCUUCGCGCUGCUCGAUUGGGACAAAGAGGAAUAUGUAUUUAUAGACACGGGCCUAGAAUGUACAAUGUCUUCAAACUGGUCAUGCAUCUUGCACCAAGAACAGAUUGUCAUCCACUCGGAAGAGAGCAGUUAUGCGCAUCAAUAUUUCUAUCCAAUCUCUGUGCUACAACAAUACGUGAGGCGUGCACACAAGUUCCCGUCAUUCGCGCCCUCGAUGUCCGCCCGGGUCGGCCCCUCUUUAACGAUGACGGCGCCCUUCAUCUUCCCCUCCCUUGAUCGCUCCCCCUCCCCCUCCUCAAGAGGGCGAACAAACAGGACCGUCAACCGGAAUCCGUUCCCAUACCCGCCCUGGUACCCCGAAAGCGCCCACUUCGUGCGCCAAUGGUGGCCCUCGCUGCCGUCGGUCCCGCGGCUGAGCUGCACCGUGGUUCUACUCGCAGACCACGACAUGGUGACGCACCGGACUCGGUACGUGCUCGCGCAACACUACUUCCGCGUGCCGCUCUUCGACAUGGACGAUCCUCGCGCGCGCGAAGGCUCGCCGUUGGAGGGGGGCAGCACGAGCGGCUCCUCGCAGGACUGCAGCGGGUCCGAGUCGACGGUGACGCUCUCGAGCAGCACCGGCGAGAACGCGGACUCGAUGAUGAAGGUGUGGUAUGUGCGGCAGCCGUUCGAGGUCGUGUGCGUGCUCGACGAGCUGGACGAGGGCAGCGACGACGGCACGGGGCCGCAGGAGCGCCCGCGCCCGCUCAUGGCGGUCGACUUUGGGCACGCGGUGUGGAUCGAGUUCGUGGAGCCGGCAGAGGGCGAGGGCGGCGACGGGGAGCAGAAGCGCGUGCGCUUCGUGUCGUUCCCGCCGGUGGUGGACGAGUUGGACGAAUUGGGCGAUGUCGGUGUACGCUGGAAGGAGGCGCCGGCGAGCGAUGCGGAGGGUGCCGUCAGAACCUUGGAGAUCCCGGACGAAGUCGACCUGGACGAGGUUGAGACCAUCAACAUCGACCAAUCCCAAGGUGCGGUCAUUAUGUCGGUAAGGCAAGGGAAGAUUUAUAUAUUAUAUUACGAGUAA